AAAAACUAUCUGGAGUUGUCAAGGCUCAGGCGGACAGAGGCGAAAAAGUACAGUUUGUUGAUGCUUUUUGCGGAGAAGCGACGGGAGAAGUUUUGUGGACACAACAUAGCAGGGACUAUUGGGAGCAGGCUCUUUGUCACACACACUCACACACACGCUCUGACACACACUCAGCGCGAGGGAGAGGGAGAGAGAGUGAGAGAGAGAGUGUGUGGAGACGCGGCUUGUUGUUUUUUUGUCCAGAGAAAAAAGUUGCAGAGAAAAAUCGACAGGUAACUUUACGCAGCAGCCUCUGCGCUCCUCACUGUCCUGCCUCUGGCUUGUGGAGUUUGCCUCUGUGGCUUUUUUUUCUUCUUCUGCUCGGGAGCUCCAACUUUAAUUCCUGAUGUAUAACAUGAUGGAGACUGAACUGAAGCCCCCAGCUCCCCAGACCAACACGGGGGGCUCGGGCAACACCAACACGUCCGGCACCGGCCCCAACCAGAAAAACAGUCCGGAGCGGGUCAAGAGACCCAUGAACGCGUUCAUGGUGUGGUCCAGGGGCCAGAGGAGGAAGAUGGCGCAAGAAAAUCCCAAAAUGCACAACUCGGAGAUAAGCAAGAGGCUGGGCGCAGAGUGGAAACUUCUGUCGGAGAGCGAGAAGAGACCUUUCAUCGACGAAGCCAAGAGGCUGCGGGCCCUGCACAUGAAGGAGCAUCCGGAUUACAAAUACCGGCCCCGGCGGAAAACCAAGACCCUCAUGAAGAAGGACAAGUACACCUUGCCCGGCGGGCUGCUGGCUCCGGGAGGAAACGGGAUGGGAGCUGGGGUCGGUGUUGGGGUGGGCACCGGGCUGGGCGGUGGGGUGAACCAGCGGAUGGACAGCUACGCGGCGCACAUGAACGGCUGGACCAACGGUGGCUACGGCAUGAUGCAGGACCAGCUGAGCUACCAGCACCCGGGUCUGAACGCGCACAACCCGAGCCAGAUGCAGUCCAUGCACCGCUAUGACAUGAGCGCGCUGCAGUACAACACCAUGACCAGCUCCCAGAGCUACAUGAACGGCUCCCCGACUUACUCCAUGUCCUACUCCCAGCAAACCACGCCGGGGAUGACUGCGCUGGGCUCCAUGGGGCCCUCCUCCGUGGUGAAGUCCGAGUCCAGCAGCUCCAGCCCUCCCGUCGUCACCUCGUCGUCCCACCGGGCCGCCCCGGGCUGCCAAAGCGGAGAUCUGAGGGACAUGAUCAGCAUGUACCUGCCCGGGGCGGAGGUCAGCGAGCAGAGCGCCCAGACCAGGCUACACAUGUCCGGGCACUACCAGAGCACCGUGCCCGGGACGACGAUCAACGGCACGCUGCCGUUAACACACAUGUAAGAGACACACAGCAGAGAGAGAGAGUGAGAGAGAAAAAAAGAACUUUUAUAAGAGAAACUGUGGACUAUUAACGUUGGACUAUUUUUGUACAGAAAAAUUUCGGGGUGGGAAAAAGUUGUAUAGAAGUCUCCAGGAAAAAAGGACACACGACUCUUUUUUUCUUUCAUUUUAUUCUAAGGAAGCUCUAGAGGAACGGUAGGAGAUCCCCCUCUUCACUGGUGGAUGAAGUUUGGAAGACUAGAAAGUGGGAGUCGCAAUCAAAUGUUUUAUUAUUGCAAUCACCUUUUGUACAGUAUUUAUCAAAGAAACAUUACAAUCAGAUAAUUGUUUGUUAAACUGCAAGAGGUUGCAUUUUUUUUCUUUUCUUUUUUUAUAUAAAGCAAUGCCAGUUCUGCAGAAAAUAUUAAAAAAAUGGCAGAGCUGGAAUUAUAUGGGAGCGAUCAGUUAUGCUCCUUUAUUACUGCAAACUUUGGAAAGAAAAAGGGACAUAAAAACGAAGCAGGUAAUACUGUUUUCCAUUUAAGGUCAAUAUUACUAAACGUUUUAAUUUCUUUAAAACAAAAAGAAAAGACACUUUUUUUUCCUCUCAUACAGCUUAAAAUAUAGGUUGUUAAUUUAUAUUUCCGUCUCCCACUUUUCAUCUGUUAGAGGUAUGACGCUUGUGCUCUUUAUUUUCUAAUUGAUUUGUACAAUUUCUGUAUAUUUACUGUGAUAUUUUAAGUUUUUAUUUCAAAAAAAUUCAUUCCCGUAGUUGUAUUUUAAAAAUUGUGGCCUGUACGCAGAAGCCAACCACUCCAUGUAUAUAUAUACCGGAACUAAUA